UACUCACUCACUUAGAAGUUUAUUAUUGGUCGCGACGACCGACGAUUCUAUUCAAUUUCUCAAAACGAAACGAAAGUUGUCUGUUGUGAGUUGUGUGGUGAAGCGUUGUUUGCAAUGGCGCUUUUAAAUUUAAAAUACGUUCAGAUAAUACUAUGUUUAGCCACAGUUGCACGUGGUCUGCGCACGCCGACGAUUUCGCAUAUAACUCAAGAGCAGAUCCGUGACAUCGGCGGGCAGGUGGACCUCGACUGCUCCGUGCACUACGCUCAGGACUACCCCGUGCUGUGGAUGAAGUACGACCGGCAGAAGACGACGGAGGCGCUGCCGCUGUCCUCCAACUCGGGCCUCAUCAUCCGCGACUCGCGCUUCUCCAUGCGCUUCGACGCCGCCUCCGCCACAUAUACGCUCUCGAUCAAGGACAUCCAGGAGACGGACGCGGGCUGGUACCAGUGCCAGGUGCUGCUGUCCGUCAGCAACAAGAUCACCGCCGAGGUGGAGCUGCAGGUGCGCCGGCCCCCGGUCAUCUCCGACAACUCCACGCGCUCCCUCGUCGCCAGCGAGGGCGAGAGCGCACAGAUGGAGUGCUACGCCGGAGGGUUCCCGCCCCCGAAGAUAUCCUGGCGCAGGGAGAACAACGCCAUCCUGCCCACCGGCGGAUCUAUAUAUAGGGGCAACAUCCUGAAGCUGAACUCCGUGCACAAGGAGGACCGCGGCACAUACUACUGCGUGGCGGAGAACGGAGUGGGCAAGGGCGCGCGUCGCAACAUCAACCUAGAGGUGGAGUUCGCGCCCGUCGUCACCGUGCCCCGCCCACGACUGGGACAGGCGCUGCAAUACGACAUGGACCUGGAGUGCCACGUGGAGGCGUACCCGCCGCCCGCCAUCUCCUGGCUCAAGGACGAGGUGCAGCUCUCCAACAACCAGCACUACAGGAUCUCGCACUUCGCGACGGCGGACGAGUUCACGGACACGACUCUGCGCGUCAUCACCAUAGAGAAGCGGCAGUACGGCCUCUUCACCUGCAAGGCGCAGAACAAGCUCGGCACAGACGAGGGACAGGUGGAGCUCUUCGAGUCAUCAAUCCCGGACAUUAAUUUCCCGGGUCUGCGUCCGGACCCGCAGCUGUACGGCGCCGCCCCCCACCCUCACCCCCACCCCGCAACACUCGCUCUGUACAUCUUUCUACUGACUCAAUAUAUCUUAUACUAUUUAAACUAAAUCAACAAUUAUUUGUACGUAUUCCUUUGAUUACGUACAUUAACACUGAUAAUAAUCGGAAUGAAAAAGUUCCCUACACUUGACUGUGAACAAAUGGAACUAAUGUCAUACAUCUGCACUCGUUAACAUUCACUCAGUGAAUGAAAUGAAUGAUCUACAAACAUUAUUGCUUUAUAUUUGACAGUGAAUAAUUGUAUACAAAUAUACUUUGACUAACUUUUCUACAAUUUAUAUUUUUUCCAAGUCGAGUUAAUGAUUCUUUAAAUGUUCUCAAUAAAAUAAUUCUCUCUCUUUUUCACUCAAUCUCU